CAUACAGUUCGUCUUCGUUAUGCGAUUAGUGGAGUGCAUGUCGAUGCCGCAAAUGACAGAUAGAGAGGAUGAGGAGGAGAAGGUGUGUUCAGAGGAAGAGCAGAGUCACAACAGCAGUGACACUCCUCACUCCUCACAGCUCGGGUUAAACUUGAGGCAAUGUGUUAACACCCCAGAGAUGAGUCCUUCGCCUUCUGGCUUACUGGCUCUGCCAUGGGAGAUGGUUGCACGCAUAGCCUCUCACCUGCCCGCUCAGUGCAUUAUCAACGUUCUGCCACAGGUGUGCAGAGCGCUGGGACAGGUGGGUGAAGACAUGUCAGCCUGGCAGCUCCGGGCUCAGCGACUUACAGGACCCCGAAGUUCUUUCCCGGUUGGACCAAGGAAUCGUUUCGAUUGGCCCAGAGCAUGCCUUGAGAUGGAGCAGUUGAUUGAAUGCUGGACAAGGCAAGAAGGAAAAGCAGAGCCAGAGCGAGGGAUUGAGAUUCAGGAUGAAGCUAUUGCAGGAAGAGGAGCAGGAGCAAGACAAGAAGGAGAAGCAGCCACGAACGGAGAAGAGCUCGACGCCGACACAGUGAGACAGCCUGGCCCUGCCGGGAAGGAAAUCAGGCCAGAAGAUGACGGUCUUGAAAGACAUGGAGAAGGAGAAGAGCAGGAAAAUAAUAUAAUCAUCGUCGGAGAAGAGGAAAGAGAGGAUGCUGCCAUCCAGGACGAACACCUGGAGCAAGAAGACAGUGGGAUGAAUGUAAAGACAAGCACCGCACCUGCCCUCGAGCACAUCACGCUCUCCUCAGGCCACAUUGCUGAUGUUAACACAGUCCUGCUAGUUGGAGGUGAGGGCUCCGUGUGUGUCUCCGGUUCCAGAGACCGUAAUGUGAACCUGUGGGAUGUGAGAAGGGGCUCGAGCGAGGUGCUGCUGGGCAAACUGGGAGCUCGUGGCAGUUUCAACAGCACACACCAAGGCUGGGUGUGGUGCCUCGCAGCCAGCGGUGAUCUCCUGGCCUCUGGCUCCUUCGACAGCACAAUAAAGCUCUGGGACCUGAAUGCCGGAGGGGCAGAGAGGGGAAUGAUCCAGAGCCGCGCAGCUGUGCUCUCUCUCACCUGCCAGGGUCACAUGCUGUUUGCUGGGUCACAUGACCAGAAAGUCACCAUUUAUGACACCAGAGCUGCAGAGCCGCUGGUCAAAAGCCUUCGUCUCCAUAGUGACAUCGUGCUGUGUUUGGCCUCUGAUGAGCAGUACAUUCUGUCUGGCAGCAAAGACAACACAGUGGCUGUGUUUGACCGCAGAGCUGGAAAACCACUGAAGAAAAUACAUCUGAUGUCCUACUUGUUGUCCAUGUCGUACAGUGGGCGAGAGGUGUGGGCCGGAGAUUACCAUGGACUUCUUCACACCUUCUCCUUGCAUGAAGGCUCCUUUAAGUCAAUAGCCCAGUUUAAUGUAGGCCACAGUUCUUUGAUGACAGGUGUCCAUCACUCGCCUGGGACUCUUUACACCUGUUCCUCUGAUCGCAUGAUUAAGGUUUACCUUCCAUGUGCGCCCCCGAAGACUCUGUGCACGCUUCAUAAUAAAGCAGUAGUGAACGGGCUGAGUGUUGAGGCAGGAGUGCUGGCUGUAGCCACUGGGGAUAUGAGUGUGGAGGUGUGGAGGCCCAGACAGUGACACUCCGAGCACAGACGGUGUCAUUAGACAGUGUCCAGUGUUUAUGCCGUGAUCACAUAAUCAUCCAAAGGCACUCUGAAGUUUACCUUUACAUGUGCGUACUAACAAAACGUUUGUGUUUAAAGUUCUUAUGUGAGGAAUUAAACAUUUGGGGUGUGAUGGUACAGGAAAAUAAGGAAUUAAGAUGAAUAAAACACUUGAGGACAUGCUGUAAUUAGAUAAGACGUUCUGUAUAUUGGUGGUACCAUAUAACUAUCAUGUCAUUAACUACGUUUACAUGGACAGCAGUAAUCUAAUGAUUGACCUUACUCUGAGUAAGAUAAUAAUGUGAUUAAGGUGUUUACAUGAGUCGCUUUUAGAAUACUCCUGUCAUGUUCCCGUUUUACAUGUUAUAGAACAUAAUUAGAUUAACAGCCCGCGUUAUUAUGUCACCGCGCCACACCGUCCGACGUCCCUCCAGAAUUUCACGUAUCAACAUACAGUUCGUCUUCAUUAUGGUACCGUAUACAGUUUUGGGUGUUUUUAUAAAAAAAAUUUUUACAAACGCUUUAAGUGCAGUUAAUUAUAAGUCAUGCUAUACAACUGUGCAAAUAGACAACUGCUUGAAGCGGUGGGCUGCAUCUCAAACCGUGUAGUUACCGUCUAUAUAGUAGCUGAGAUACAUGUAUUUUUCCCCACUACAGGCAUAUAGUAGGCAAGUAUGCGGUUUGGGACGCAGCUGAACUCUCUUGUUCGCCGUAAAAUGUAAAACUGCCGUGUGUGAUCGUGUCCUGUCGCAAAAUGCGGUGAAAACUCUCACACGACAUUCAAAAUGUGAUUAAGGUGUUUACAUGUCACUACUACACGCCCAUAAUGCGACUAAAACAGGAGUACUCCACCUGUCUUAAUUCGAUUAUUGCUUACUUCGAGUAUGACCUUAAUUAGAUUAAGGUAAGUAAAAAUGGCUGUUUACAUGGUAGUUUCUUAAUUAGAGUAUGGUCUUAAUCGGGUUAAGAGUAGAUUAUUGUUGUCCAUGUAAAUGCACUGAAUGUAGGGAUGCACCUAUACCAAUAACAGUACUCGGGUGUCGGCCCGAUACUCUGCUCAUGUACUCGUAAAACUAACCCGAUACAACCGCACCGAUACCACUUUAUGACAGCGUGACAUAGCCUAACCUCUCGUCAGUUGAGCAGGUAGUCGGUACAGGAGCAAUGUCAGCAAUUUGGAGAUAUUUUAAGAUAGGUGAUGAUGAUAAAAGUAGAGCAGACUGCAAACUAUGCUCUACUAAACUGUCAAGAGGAUGGGUAAAAAAAUUAGCUCAUUUAACACAAGCAGUUUGAUUAAACAGCGCCGAGUGCAAAGAGUUUGCUAAUGCUAGUGUAAGAGGGGUAAAUGAGAACUCGCGAAGGUCCAAUCUCUAAAUGGGUUCGAAUAAUGCAGGCAUACACACGUAGAAAUAAAGCUUUUACUAACUUUAUCGUCAGAGCUACAUUUCCUCAUGGAUCACUGACAUGAACUUUUUCGCGCUCUCCCCGUGCGCAUGUCUCCCGACCCCAACUUGAACUCAGUACGUCACUCGCACAAGCGCAACAGCACUACUUAUCAUACUCAACACAAUUAUACUGAAAUAUAAAUGACUCAUAACAGAAAUUUGCCUAAUCGCACAUAAACAUUUAAAAUAAAAUAAAGCAUUUAAAACUCUUAUACAAAAUAUAAAACAGAGAAAUAAAUUACACUAGCAGAAGGAAAGAGCAACAACCAAGUUUGCAGCAAACGCUGGAGAAGCGAGAGAAAAUGUCCAGAGACAACUCACGGGCAGUAAAAAUAACAGAAGCUCUUACCCAAUUCAUUGCUCUUGAUGACCAACCGUUGUCAGUUGUAGAUAAUACAGGAUUUCGUCGUCUUCUUUGUGUACUUGAACCGAAGUAUGAGAUUCUCAGCCGUCACAACAUUACAGAUACCGCAUUACCAAAGCUGCAUGACUCGGUGAAAAAGCACAUCGGGAACCUGUUGCAGGACAUUUCAGCCUUCAGCUUCACCACUGAUAUUUGGAUUAGCAGUGUCAGUCCUAUGUCUCUUAAAAGUUUAACAGCACAGUGGAUUGAUGAGGAUUUUACUCCCCAGAGAGUCGUUUUACAAGCAACGCAGUUUAGGGAUUCGCACACUGGCCAAGCCAUAGCAGGUGCGUUUGAUGACGUGCUUCAGACGUGGGGCAUUCCGAAAAGUGUGAAGUACUCAUAUCAGUACUUGGUAUCGGCAAGUACUCAAAUGUAAGUACUUGUACUUGGUCUGAAAAAAGUGGUAUCGGUGUAUCCCUAUUACAAUGUUUUAUUCAUCUUAAACCACAGCAGUUUGCCAAUGCUAAGAUUUGUUUUUAUUUAUUAUAGAACGACACAUUGUACCUUUUAUCCAUUUAAUGUUGGAGACUGUCCAAGAAACAAGUUCUUGUUAUCACUUAUGUUAUUGCAGCUUUUAACAGUGGCAGAAAACUUCAGCUUUACCUCUGAUUGAUUGUUUCAAAGUACUAACACUGGAGAUUCCUUUAAUAACUGCAAUCAUAUGGUUUUCUUUGUAAAAUAAUAAGUGUAAUAAUUAAAAGACUGUUCUAUUUGUUUGUUAUUAGACCUAUGCUAUGCGGCACAUCUGCCAUACAAGUCCGGGUGCAUUACUCGCGUAAGUUCUAGAACCAGUACCAAAUUAGAGCAAAGUACGUUAAUAUAAACCUGUGAUUUGAACUGCACCCUGCACUAUUACCCGAGCUACUGUAAUAGGAAAUAAACCAAAUAAAUCAACACUUUUUGGCUAAACAGGUUUUAUAAUGCAACAAUGCUCUGGUUAUCAAACAUUAGAAGUGUGCAUACACUUUUGGAUGCAUCACUAAAGUGUCAGAUACUGGGUUAAAUACCUGAUUCUUAAUUAUAUAUACACUGUAUGGCCAAAACCUUCACACCUAUAUGUUCAUUCUGAACAUCUCAUUCCAGAUUUAGUCUCUCUCUGCUUGUUAUAAUAACCUCCACUUCUCUGGGAAGGCUUUCCACUAGAUUUUGGAGCAUGGCUGUGGGGAUUUGUGCUCAUUCAGGCACAAGGUACGGAUGUCGAGUGGGGAGGCCUGACACACAGCCGGUGUUCCAGCUCAUCCUAAAGGUUGAGGUCAGGGAUCUGUGCAGGCCAUUUGAACUGUUCCAGUCCAGCCUUGGCUAACCAGGUCAUAAUGGACUUCACUUUGUGCACAGGGGCAUUGUCAUGCUGGAAUAUGUUUGGGCCUCUUAGUUCCAGCAAAAGGAAAUUGUAAUGCUACAGCGUACAAAGAUGUUCUAGAACAUUUCUUUGCUACAAACUUUGUGUUGUUGUUUGUAAGUGUGUGUGAGAGUGUGCGCGUGUGUGUGAGAGUGUGUGCCUUGUGCGGUUUCAUCAGGAACGCACCGGAUAUGAUCUUUUCCUCCAUGCUUCCAGUCAUGGCUACAAAAUGCAAACUCCCCAAAAAACAUGGACUCAGUAGUAAAUAAAGUGCAGUUUUUGACAAAGCAUUAGUGCAUGUUGAAUUAGAAGUAUAUAAAUAAUUACAAUCAGAUCAAUGUACAGGCCAGUUAUUGGCAGAGACAGAGCAUAUACGCAGAGGAGCAUAUCACUGCAAAUCCAAUGGAAUAUUCUGGAACAAUGCAUUUGGUUAAACUUGAUGUCAAUAAGCACGGUGUGUUGUGUUCAUUGCUAGCCUUAAAUGAACUGUAAAAUAUUUAAAGUAUCGAAAAUGGCCCAUGCUUUUGGCCUGUAAAAUAGAAGUGGACUGAUAUGAAUCCUAUAAUGCAUGGAUGUUUAUUUAAAAGGGGCAUUUAAACCAGACAAAUGUGGCACCUAUGAAGCGUUUCUAAAAAGCGCUCUUGGAGUAUGGAGGUGGAGUGAAAUUAUUCCUUCAUAGGAAUUCCAGCUUCAUAUCUAUAUCUCUGUCAUUUCCCUUAACGCAAAUUCAAAAAAAAAAAAGUCUCAAAGCUUUAGCUGCCACUUAAGUACAUUGUGCCCAAAUAUUUCAUUGUGGUGUAGUAGUUUACUUGGUUUAAAACUUGAAAAACACUGAUAUUCAUCCUGCAUUUAGACUGACUGAGCAUCUUUUCACAUUCUCUGUCCAGCAAUCGUUACCUAUUAAUGAUUAAGACUAUCAUUAAGAUGAAGUAGCUGGGUUGUUUUUUUUUGUUUUUGUUUUUUUUUGGGUUUUUUUAGCCUAAUCUCAAAUCAUCGGGUAUGCCUUAGUCCCUUACUCUCUUUUACAUUUUUUUUUUUACAUUUACAUUUUUUCACUCUUUUUAUUGUUCUUGUGCACAGUAUUAUUUUCCUCAGUUCCUGUUUGUCAUGUUAAUCCUUACAAUGUGUGUUUUUAAAAAAUAUAUAUAUAUUUAAUAAAGGAUCAGUCUAAA